AUGUUUCCUUUACCGAUGUUUACCGCGGAACAGGUGGCCCGCGUGUGUGAGAACUUGGAGGAAACCGGGGACAUGGAGCGGCUGGGCCGCUUCCUGUGGUCACUUCCGGCGGCGGCCCCCGGGUCUGCGGCAGAGGCGCUGCACCGCCACGAGUCGGUGAUGCGCGCGCGCGCCCUGGUCGCCUUUCACGGCGGCGACUUCGACGCGCUUUACCGCAUCCUGCAGAGCCACCGGUUCACGCGCGAGUCUCACGCCAAGCUGCAGGACUUGUGGCUGCACGCGCAUUACCGGGAGGCGGAGCGCAUGCGCGGCAGGCCGCUGGGGCCCGUAGAGAAAUACCGCAUCCGUAAGAAGUUCCCGCUGCCGCGCACUAUCUGGGACGGCGAGCAGAAAACACACUGUUUCAAGGAAAGGACACGAAGUUUGCUUAGAGAAUGGUACCUACAAGACCCCUAUCCGAACCCAUCUCGCAAGCGGCACCUAGCCCAGGCCACGGGCCUCACACCUACACAAGUCGGAAAUUGGUUCAAAAACAGACGCCAGAGAGACAGAGCAGCAUCAGCAAAAAACAGACUUCAACAAGACCCAACUCUUCUCCCAUCUGGCAGCUCUCCAGAAUGUUCUUCCACAGAUCACAAAGGCAGGUCGGAAAGCAGUGACUGCAGCUUGGGUUUAGGAUCUCGGGACACCAGACCCUUUACGCCAGACAUAUCAGUCAGCAGUGACAGCGAGUUUGAAUCCUGAACCCAUCACCAAAACCAAUAAACACACACAUAAGCUUGCAGAGACAUGCAGAAAGAGAUGUAAUGUAAAACCCGGCUUCGACACCACUGAGACUCACUUACUCUGAAGGAUAUUGAGAGUAACCUGCAGCAAAUAUGAAGUGAUAAUCUGAAGAGUGUGUGGUUUGGAUCAGAGACAGUAAGGGGUUUUGGUGAAUCUACUUUAUAGUAAACCUGCACUUAAAAAGGACACUUAAACUUUGAUUGGUUGUUGCCAAAUAAAAUAAAAGUUUUGCAUAAUUGUA